GUUGGUCAAUAGACUCCCCAUUCUUCCGUCUACGAGCUACCUGUUUUGGAAUUCACGAUGCUAAUCGGUCGUUUUCACUUAUAGAGUUCUCAACAGUCUUUGCCUUGUAUGAGGGCCCCUCGGGCUCAAGCACUUGAGUGUAUAAGUAUUCCAACCCCAGGUUGGUCAAAUAAUCCUUCACCAACGUUGUCAAACAGAACUCUACUAUCCACAGAUUUGCUGUGCGUAGUUUGACCACUGAACCAUCCCCAGCCAAACAAGAGAAGAAACCAGAUUCAUCUCAAUAUGACUAUGCGAGCCAUCACAGUCUCCUCCUGGGGAGCUUCUCCCGCCUUUUCGUCAAGUCAUCCAUCUCCUGCUGCACCAACCUCGGAUCAAGUCACACUCAAGAUUCUCGCUGCAGGCCUCCAUCAACUGGUUCGUGCCCAGGCGUCAGGCACACAUUACAGUACCACCUCAGCCACAUUGCCAUAUGUCCCUGGUUCUGACGGUGUCGGCGUCACUCCUGAUGGUCAGACAGUCUAUUUCAGCAGCAUCGCCACAGGCGGCGCCUUUGCUGAAUCAAUCACCGUCCCCAAGUCUGCCAUCACCCCGAUCCCAGAAGGCGCUGACCCUGUGCAAAUCGCUGGAUUGUUGAAUCCUGGCAUGUCCUCGUGGAUGGCACUGAAGACUCGCACCGAGAAUCUCCCUGCAAAAUUCACUGUCGCCAUCGUAGGAGUGACAGCCAUCUCUGGCAAAGUGGCAGUCCAAUUUUCGCGUCUUAUUGGCGCCGGUCGUGUCAUUGGCCUAGCACGAAACGCAAAGGAGCUCGCGGCCAUCGACCUCGACGAGCGCAUUGUGCUCAAGGACAACCCUGAGGAGACCGACUACUCGACGCUGGGUGAUGUUGAUGUCAUUCUCGACUAUCUUUAUGGCCCAGGCAUAAUGGCAUUGUUGAACGCGCUCAAGUCUUCUGUGCCGACCCAGUAUGUUCAAAUUGGAUCAAUGGCAUCGCAAGAUCUUUCAUUUCCCGCGGCCAUAUUCCGCUCCAAGAACCUAACAAUUAGAGGCUCUGGCCCUGGUGCAUGGUCUGGAGCACAAUUUGGAGAACAGUUGCCGUCACUGUUGGCCGCAGUGGCCAAGUUGCCCAAUCUCGAUCUCAAGGUGAGGAAACUCGAAGAUGCAGAGCAGGCGUGGGCAGCUAAAAGAGAUCGAACGGUCUUUGUCCCUUGACUAGAGUCAGGCCGUGACAAAGAUAUGGCUAAAGAGGCUCGGGUUAUGGCACAACUGUAGAUGAGACAGAGGUGAUAGUCUGUUUAAUCAAAGUGACAUUUGAAUGGGAAUCUCCCUAAACUCCCACCUCUAUCUCGAUCCAAACACAUUUGAUGGUGUUUGUUUCGAGGAGCCCCAUUUCAUUUUCCAUGCGGAAACUCACGUCACGGAAUCUAGUGUUGACUGCAAUCUCGUCUUGCCUCAAGACUCUAGACUCACGUUCCUUCUGUCUGGCAGCUUCCAUCUCAGUCUCCCGGGUGACGUCUGGACUCCUCCAACCUAGAUCCCACUUGCCCGUCUCGCCUGUAGGAUCAUGUUCGGGGCUUGGUAGCUGAGGCAUGGCGCGCUUGAACCAGGACUUUUUGGCAGGACGGGAUGGUAAAGGAGCAGAUGAUUGAGGGAUCAAGUUUUGCUGGGUUGGAGAUCGAGAAGACGAUCCGUAGCUUGCAGCAGGGUCCAGGGG